AUGCCUUCCAACCACGUCGUGAAGGCGUUCCUGAGCGACCUGAACCACGCGGCCGCUCCGAGCGACAUCGUCGUCUGGGACGUCGGCGCGAACGACGGCGGAUGGUCGAAUCGUCUCAUGCAGCUGCUGCCGGAGCGCCACCGAAACGCCACACGGCUGAGCGUCUUCGAGCCGCAGCCGCGCUUCGCGGACGAGCUGACGAGCCUCGCCGCGCGGUGGAGCGGCACCUUCCACGCGGUGGCCGCGGCCACGGCCGACGGCAGCCUGAAUUUCUUCGCGCCGCCGCGCAACGCGAGCAAAGCGGACACCGUCGUUGCGUCGCUGCUGGACUCGAACCGCCCGUCCGUCGCGAAGGAGCAGAUCUCGGUGCCGGCGUUUGACCUUGCGGUGCCCAUGCUGCGGCUGCGACCGGACGAGAUCGUGUUGAUCAAGCUCGACGUCGAGGGCUACGAAUUUGAGCUGCUGCCGCACCUCCUCGUGAGCGGCGCGCUCUGCCUCGUCGACUACCUGCACAUCGAGUGGCAUCCAUCGGUGCUGUCCCAGUCGAGGCUGAGCCGGGGGCUCGCGCUCGGGGAGGCGAUGAACCUGGUGCUCCGUGGCUGUACGCGGCCGCCGAGAGCCAUCGGCCACGAAGGGCUCUCGGAGAGGCAGCUGAGGCGGUUCCAGAAGUACGCGCUGGGGUGCGCCGGCGGCCUGAAGCCGGCCUGA